AUGAGCGGUUCUUUCAGUGCCGACACCAAUAUAAUUCUUGAUAUUGGAGAAGUCUUACACGAACGAUAUCGAGUAGUACAGAAACUGGGUGCUGGGCGCUACUCAGCUGUCUAUCUAGCGCGGGACCAGAAGGAACUGUCUUACAAGGCAAUAAAACUAUUGAGGGAAGAUCGCUAUGACGGAGAACAUGAUCUCUUUGAGUUAGAGAUACUGAAGCACCUACGCGAGGCGGAUCCUAAUCAUCCAGGCUAUCAGCACAUUACCAUCCUUCUUGAUGACUCCAUUUACAUUAGCCGGUCGGGUUCUCAACAUGUCUGCCUCGUUAUGGAGCCAAUGGCAGAAGACAUGAAGACCUUCCCCCUUUUCUUUGAGGGUGCCCGGAUACCUAACCACAUCAUGAAGAAAGUAACGAAACAAUUACUAUCUGCCCUGGACUAUGCACAUGGUUGUGGUGUAAUCCAUACAGGUAUUUGGGAAGAUUCCUUGUCAAACCCAGCUGCCGAUCUUGGAGAGUACAACUUCGAUGAUGCUUCUGAGCUGGUUCAAGCGGAUGUUGUACUAGGUGACUGGGGAUCGGCGAGUUGGGUCGAGAAGCAUCUGACAGACUUCAUUCAGCCUACAUUACUCCGCGCGCCCGAGGUAGAUAUUUGGAACCUAGGCGCCCUUCUACCCGAGCUCCUGGAGGCCUUACGCAUGUUCAGUGGUAGGGCGGAUGUUACAGGUGGUGUUUACCUUACUAAGCAUCACCUUGAGGAAAUCGAAGCCCUGUUUGGCCCCGUUCCUCCCGAAUUGUUGCAAUCUGGAGAGCCACAAAUUGUUCAACAGUUUUUCGACGAGGAGUUCAACUUCCGUGAUUGGACCCAGAGAUCACCAGCGAGUAUUGAUGGUCCCGAAAAAGCCAAUUUCAUUUCAAUGAUACGCUCUAUGCUGGUUAUCGAUCCAAAACAGCGAAUGGCCGCACUUUCUCUUCACGAUGCGCCGUGGCUUAAUCCGGAGAAGUAA